UGUUAAAGAAGAUUUAUGUUUUAUUUUUGUUCCAUCAGCAUUUUAAUGAUUUGUGUGUAAUUUAGUUUAGUUUAAUUAUCUAAAAUAUGGAUGAUGAGCAGGAUUCUACCUUUAUAAACAUUAAAACAAACACUCCUAGGCCUGAAAAGAAACGGAAAAAGCAUAAAAGUAACAUACACGUUGAACUAUCGAACAAGAAUUUAGAUAAUGUUACUGACAACAAGGUUUUGAAGGAAAAUAAAAGGCCUAAAAAGGAUACUAAUAAGUAUAAUUUGAACUAUGUUAGGCUGUUUAAGGAGAUUCCUCAGAGGAUUCCGUUCCUUGGAAAACCAAGAGAUUACACUAUUUCAGUAGCACUCCCAGUUUCUAUAAUGGAAAACAUACAAUCCGAUGAUUUGAGGGCAUACGUGAUAGGCAAUAUUGCCAGGACACUGACCAUUUACGGAGUUAAUGAGGUUGUUCUAUACAAUGAUCUAGAUGAUAAGAGUUCAAACUGGAUGGAGUAUUUUUCUCUAAAUUUGAGGUAUUUGGAGACACCUCAAUACCUCAGAAAGUUUUUGUUUCCCAUGGAUAACGCUUUAAAAUUCGCUGGGUUACAAAACCCUAUUAAUGCUCCUCACCAUCUACGCUCUACUGAGUGGCUUCCAUACAGGGAGGGAGUUGUUGGACUAAUAAGGAAAGAUAGUACUAACACAACUUUGUACGCUGAUUGUGGAGUAUUUUCAAGUGUUAAAAUCCACAACAAGGAGGAUUUAAAGGAGUUUUACGGAAUCGAAUACAUGACAGAUGAGGAUUACGAUGUUUACCAAAGAGUCACCGUACGUCUAGACGAUGAAUCUAUUGAUAAGUGCCAUAAAAACUGGAAAGAGGGAAAAUCCUUAAGUCAGAGUGAAACUGGUUCACUUUCUGCGUAUCUGGUACAUCCUGAAGAACCUCUUAAAGUUGCAGGGUUGUAUUGGGGAUAUAUUGUUAGGGAAUGCAACACUGUGGUUGAGUCAUUAAAAGGAUGCCCAUUUAAUGAAAAUGCUCGUUACGAUCUUAAAGUUGGUACCAGUGAGCGUGGAGAAUUAUACUCCUUAAAUACCAAACUUCCCAAAUUCAAAAAUAUGUUAAUAUACUUCGGCCCAGUCUUGGGUUUGGAACACGUAAUGCAAGAACCUGAAAAGAAAUUUGAUAAAUAUUUCAACUUUUGUAAUCAGCAGAAAUCAAGAACCAUAAGAACAGAAGAGGCUCUUUUAAUUGUACUGUCGCUUUUAUCUUUCACCAACACAUUUUAAUGCUUAAUAUACAAUGUAUGGAUUA